AUGAUUCUGGGAGUUCCUCUUAGCUUGAGGAAAUCCCCUGACCGAGUGGUUUGGGCUUAUACUCCAUCCGGUGAAUUUUCAACCAGCAAUGCUUAUAAGCUUUUGGUUGUUUCGACCUCAGUCAACAAUGCAGGAAGUUCUUCAGGGGUUGCUCAAAAACACUUUUGGAAGUGGGUAUGGCAGCUGCGUGUACCCAACAUGAUUAAACAUUUCAUUUGGAGGGCCUGUAAUAAUGCCUUGCCAACAAAAAGUAAUCUCUUCCGAAGACAAAUUACUACCUCUGACACUUGUGAGCUAUGCAAUGGUGCACCUAAGGAUGUCUUGAAUGUGGUCUGGAGCAGCACAGAAUUGGAGGUUCAAGAUGAUUUUCGAAAGGAAUUUUUUGUGAUUGCUGCUUGGAGUUUGUGGAAUAGACAGAAUUCCCUCCGCUUUGGGCGUGCUAUUCAACCUCUGUCCCAUAUAUGCUCCUCGGCGAGCAACAUGUUGCAGGAAUUUCUGGCAGCUCAAGAAGAAAAUCCAAAGGAAGCUCGAACUGCUAUUCUUCCUCAUUGGCGGCCUCCAGAUGCAGACGUGAUCAAAAUAAACUUUGAUGCAACAAUCUUCAAGGCGACGAACACAACUGGGAUUGGAGUUAUUGCUUGGAACUGGCGUGGUGAGGCAGUCGGAGCUGUUGCUAUGCCUAUUCCUCUAUCCACCUCGGUUGCUGAUUUGGAAGCUCUAGCAUGUCGCAGGGCAGUUCUGUUUGCUGCUGAAUUGGGACGUUUUCAAACUUUGGAUGUUAUGCAUGUGCAUCGCUCUUGUAAUAUGGUAGCAGAUGCUUUAGCUAAAAAAGCAAAGAACCUUCUGGGGCCUCAAGUUUGGUUGGAUGUUUUGCCUGAGGAUAUUGCCCAGUUAAUUGGUUUUGAUGUUCACUAA